UACGGAAUUAAAAUAUUGAAUACAAUGAAGUUAUAUUAUCGUAAAAAGCACUUGUUCAUAAAUCUCUUUAGAAAAAUUUUUUAUUUCUAUGCUAUCUUUAAGAGUAUAUCGGUCAUAAUCUACAGGAUCAUAUUUCUAUUCCCAUAUAUAUCUUAAUAUUCCUCUGACAUCGUAUCUCACAAAAGUUUUAAAGACCAUUUACAUCUGACUUUCGCGGCAUCGCAUCUAUCUGGUUAUGUCUUGAUUUUGUGAAAUAAUGAAUUCCAGUGAGAUAGAAAAAUAAUAUAUUCUAUUCAGAGAUGUUGAACAUUGCAGAAUCGGCUCUGGCUUUGUGAUUAUUCGUGGAACAGAAUGACAGUUUGUCGAAUCGAACUUUAUGAAGAAGAAAAAUUCGAUGAUUAACGCUUUCACGUCCUUUUACAUUCUUCCAACUGUAUUUCGUCAUUUUAUCCUAUGGCACUUUAAAAUUUUGUUAUUUUUAUUUUUAAUGCAUUCUGUCGACGAAAACUCUUUGUUAGUUUUGAUUUUGUACGAAGAAGAUUCUAUUUAUUUUUUUCCAACCCUAUUAAAAUGCAUUAAAAAAAGGAAGUUAUUUUUCCAAGAAUUUAUUUAAUGAUGGAUUGUCAAUAGUUACAUGACUUCUCAAUCACUAUCUAAACAAAACUCGACGAGAGUAUAAAAGUGUACUAUUUUCAGUAGUUAGACAUGUAUAAUAUUUCACAGCUUCGAAUACAAAUCAUGGCAUCAAACUGUACAACUAGCAUUACACAAAUAAUGUUUAUUCUAUUCAGUAAGUUCUGUUAUAUUACUAUUCUAUGAAUAUUAGAAAUAUAUAUAUAUCCAUUUUGUUCUUGCAGAUUUUAUCUUAUUGAUUUCAAUUAAUACAGUUGAUAAUUUUACUGUAUUAGACUUGUCGACGGAUAGGAAUGAUUUAAUGGAAAGUUCAACAGAUUCUCCAUCAAUAAAUGAGCAGACGGAUGCUUAUACAUUCUCUCAGAACGAUUCGAUAACUAUACAAAAUACUAGUGAUGAAACAGUUUUCGAAACGACAACAACAACCAGUAAGAGUGAAGUUUCUAGAGGUAUACCUAGAGCACAACAAGUCAAAGCAGUGACUACUUCUUAUGGAUCAGAUUCAAGUUCAAGUUCAGGACCGUCAGGUGGAACUAUUGCUGGAAUAGUUAUUGGUAUCAUAGUUCUUCUUUGUUGUUGCGGUAUAUGCUGUGGAUGUUACAAGAAGAAGACUGGUCAUCUGGAAACUCGUCAGGUUCAGGUUUGGGUAGAACACUAA